AUGCUGUCGCUCGUCAAAGCGGGCUCCAAGGAGCCCAUCUACUGUGAUAUCCGGGUGCAUGGGGCGAGCAGAGACACGGUGGUGCUGGCCGCAGAGGGAGCAGAGCUGAGCGGCGAGCUGGUGUUCUCGCUGCCGGAGGCGACCGCGCUCAAGGCGGUGUAUCUGCGGCUGGUGGGGCGGUUCAAGAUGGGCUUUCUGCAGAUUGGGCCGCAGAGCAACGGGCGCGUGGUGGGGAUGGUAAAGAAGGAGCAGGUGGUGUUUGAGUGCGUGUGGGAGAACCUGCUGACGGAGAGCGAGGGCCAGAUCGCGGCGGCGCCGGGGCGGCGGGCGGGCGCGGUGGCGCGAACGUGCCGCGCGGUGGUCGGGCGGCGGUCGGGCGGCGUGGUGCGGUUGCCGGCGGGCGUAACGGGGACGCCUGUGGCCAGGGAGCGGGCGCCAGCGGGGUGCACUUUUGUGCUACCGCCCGGGAACUACGAGCUGCCCUUCCGCGUGGCGCUGCCGGCGGACGUGCCGGAGACGGUGGAGGGUCUGCAGAGCGGGUCGCUGUUGUACGCGCUGGAGUCCCGGCUGGAGCGCGGGGCGCUGCGCGUGCCGUAUGCGCGCUACCAGUAUCUGCGCAUCUUUCGCACGUUGCCGGUCGACAGCGCCGCGCACCACGAAGAAAUGUACGUGACCAAGGCGUGGGCCGGCCGACUGCAGUACGAGCUCGUGGUGCCCAGCCGCGCGAUUGCGGUGGGCGCGCAGACCGCGCUGCAGCUGCGCCUGUUCCCGUUCCAGAAGGGCUACCGGCUGGCCAGUUUCAGCGCAUCGCUGGUGCAGUACUACGCGUUCACGGACGACGCGGGUCAGGUCUACGACGACGAGGCGGUGGCGCACCGCGCAGCGAUGGAGCACUUUACGGACGUCGCCGGCUGCGACCCGGCCCGCGGCAACCUGCUCGUGGACGCGGUGCGACUGCAAUUGCCGUUUUCCGUUCCCCCGGACCUCAAGCGCAUCACGCAGGACUGCGAUGUCGGCGCCUCGCUGAUCCGGGUCCGCCACAAGCUGCUGGUCCACAUCGUGCUGCUGCGCGGCCCCCCCGACGCGCCCGGAAAGAAAACCGAAAUCAAGGCCAGCAUUCCGGUUAUGCUCUACAUAUCGCCGCUCGUACCUGUGCAGGGCCGCACCGUCCUGGUUGAUAACGCUGGCCGCUUCCACAUCCGUCCCGGCGUGCUGACAGACCUAUUCCGGACGCGGAGCGCGGACUCACUUCCGAGCUGGGACGCGCCGCCGUCCUACGAGUCGCGCGUGCACGAUCGGCUGUACGAUGGCGACGUAGGCUCGCUUGCUUCCGGCAGCGCCCCGCCCGAUUCGGCGGCGCCCCGCCCCCCGCCCCGAGAUUCGCCACUGGGUCUCCUUCCGCCCCUUCACGCCUUGUCGUUGGAUGAUCUAAGCAGGGUCCCCACGUACCAACAGCAGCACGAUGGACACUCCCUGCCAUUGCAUCACCUCUCCCCGGCGUAUGCCGCCACCGCGCCACCGGCCGGGGGCAACAGCGGCACGUGA